AUGUCUUUCCCAGUAGCAGCUCAAGUAGCACAGAGUGCUGAGCCAGAAAUUGUUCGGCAGACAGCAAAUUAUCACCCAAGCAUUUGGGGAGAUCGGUUCCUCAAUUAUGAUGAAAAAAGCAUUCAGAUAACUUAUGACCACAUGCAACAGCAAGUGGACCAACUGAAAGUAACAGUGAGGAAGGAAGUAUUCACAACGAGUGCAGGUGAUUUUUCACAUCAGCUCAAGCUAAUUGAUGCAGUCCAGCGCCUUGGCGUGGCUUACCAUUUCGAAAGAGAAAUCGAAGAAGCCUUGCAACGUGUGCACGUUACAUAUCAUGACUAUGAUGGUGGUGAUCUCUACGCUGUUGCUCUUGGUUUUCGGCUACUAAGACAACAUGGAUUCAAUGUUUCUUGCGAUAUAUUCAACAAGUUCAAAGAUAAAAAUGGUAACUUCAAGGAGAGCUUAACUGCUGAUGUUCCUGGGAUGCUAAGCUUUUAUGAAGCAGCACAUCUGAGGAAGCAUGGAGAAGACAUACUAGAAGAGGCUCUUGUUUUCACCACCACUCACCUUGAGUCGGCAGAAACAACGGAAGCAAGAAAUCCACUGGCUUUACAGAUAACUCAAGCCUUAGAGAGACCUCUGCGGAAGGGUCUGGAGAGGGUAUGUGCCAGGGGUUACAUGUCAAUCUACCAGGAUGAUGCUUCACAUAGUGAAGCUAUAUUGAAACUUGCAAAGUUAGAUUUCAAUAUCGUUCAAUCUUUACACAAGAAGGAGCUCAGUGAGAUUACUAGGUGGUGGAAAGAACUGGACUUUGAAAAGCAGCUGCCUUUUGCAAGAGAUAGGAUCGUGGAGCUGUACUUUUGGAUAGUUGGAGUCUAUUUCGAACCGCAUUAUAUGGCAACAAGAAAAAUUCUUACAAAAGUGAUUGCCCUGGUAUCAGUUUUGGAUGAUAUCUACGAUGCAUUUGGCACAUACGAAGAACUCGUGAUCUUUACUGGAGCAAUUGAAAGGUGGGAUAUCAAUUGUAUGGAUGAACUUCCAGACUAUAUGCAAGUAUUUUACCAUACCCUCUUGAAUGUUUACGACGAAAUUGAGGAGGAGAUGGUAAAAGAAGGAAGAUCAUACCGAGUUUACUAUGCAAAAGAAGCUGUUAAAGCUCAAGCCCGGAACUACUUUGCUGAGGCCCAAUGGUUGCACAAAGACUACAUUCCAAGCAUGGAAGAGUAUAUGAGUGUAGCAACAGCUUGUGUUGGUAACACCUUGCUUUCAAUUACAUCUCUGGUUGGCAUGGGAGAUAUUGUAACGAAGGAAGCUUUUGAGUGGUUGUUGAAUGAUCCUAGAAUUCUUAGAGCUUCAAAUAUCAUUUUUAGGCUCAUGGAUGACCUUAGUGGAUACGAGUUUGAGAAAGAGAGAGAGCAUGUUGCUUCUAGUAUUGAAUGCUACAUGAAGCAAUAUGGGGUGCCAGAGCAAGAGGUGCUUGAUAUUUUUAACAAACAGGUUAAAGAUUUGUGGAAGGAUAUCAACGAGGAGUUUCUUAGACCAACUGAUGUGCCAAUGCCUGUCCUCAUGCGUGUUCUGAAUCUAACAAGAGUGGUUGAUCUCCUUUACAAAGGGGAGGAUGGCUACACACAUGUUGGGAAAGUGAUGAAAGAUAGUGUUGCUUCACUUUUUAUUGAACCCGUGCCUCUCUGA